CGCACUCUGGACAAUCCUUGAGCUUGUGUGGCGCUAACGUCUCGCGAUGGAGCUCUCGACGUGCCGUCCUCCAUGUGUUGCUGGUAAUAUGUUAUCAAUGAUGUGUCAUCAGCUAUGCAAGUGGAAGGAUCAUAGCAGGCUUCGCUUCAAUUCUUUUUUCGUUGGGCAUCGACGUUUUUUGAAGCAUUCAGAAUCAGGAAGGAGAUAUAUCCUAAAAGAUAUAUCAUGUUCAUAUAAUUCAGAGAAAAUUGCAAAUGUACCAUCCUAUCAGGAGCUAGUUGAUGCAAAAGUGAUUUAUACUGUAGCUCCUGCCCUAGGUCACAACCAGGAGUCACAUCCAGAAUCAAGCUCUAGAGUUCCUGCCAUUGUGAGUGCUCUCAAGAAGAUGGAACUAACACCAUCGUUUCGCGGUGUCGAUGUCAUGGAACUUCAAAACUUCAAGCCUGCUUCGGUAGAUGACAUUGCUAGUGUUCAUGCAAAAGCUUAUGUCUCAGGGCUUGAGAAGGCUAUGGAUCAAGCUUCAGAAAAGGGCAUUAUUUACAUAGAGGGCUCUGGACCAACAUAUGCAACUCCCACAACUUUCCAGGAGUCACUUGUUGCUGCUGGAGCGGGGCUGGCUUUAGUUGAUUCAGUGGUUGCAGCAUCACAUAACACUGGUAAUCCACCUACAGGAUUCGCUUUGAUAAGACCUCCGGGACAUCAUGCUAUUCCCAAGGGGCCUAUGGGCUUUUGUGUUUUUGGGAAUGUGGCCAUUGCAGCUCGUCAUGCUCAACGUGUACAUGGACUAAAGAAGGUGUUUAUAAUUGAUUUUGAUGUUCACCAUGGGAAUGGAACAAAUGAUGCCUUCUAUGAUGAUCCAGAUAUAUUUUUCUUAUCCACUCACCAAGAUGGAAGCUACCCUGGCACUGGUAAAAUUGAGGAGGUGGGUCAUGGAAAUGGUGAAGGAACUACGCUGAACCUGCCUCUACCUGGAGGCUCAGGUGACAUUGCUAUGAGUACUGUGUUUGAUGAAGUCAUUGUACCAUGUGCUCAACGGUUCAAGCCAGAUAUAAUCCUUGUUUCUGCUGGGUAUGAUGCUCAUGUACUGGAUCCACUCGCCAGUCUACAAUUUACAACAAGAACAUACUAUAUGCUUGCUUCUAACAUCAAACGACUAGCUAAUGAAUUGUGUGGGGGUCGCUGUGUGUUCUUCUUGGAGGGAGGAUACAACCUUGAUUCUCUGUCAUAUUCUGUAGCCGACUCCUUCCGUGCUUUUCUUGGGGAGCCAAGCUUGGCCUCCAAAUUUGAUGAUCCUGCUAUCUUGUAUGAAGAACCAUCCGCGAAGGUGAAGCAAGCUAUCCAAAAAGCAAAACACAUACAUUCCCUGUGAAGAUUUCUACAUGUACAUGAUACUUCCAUCCUAUACUCGGAGAUGCAAGUAAAGUUGUAUAUAGCCCAAGGUACCUCACCAACAUUUCACUGAAUGUGCUUCUGUUCUCUUAAAAUUGUUCUAUGACUCUGAAUAUUGUCUACAAUGUAAGUGCAUGGAUCCUUGCAUGAGAUUUCUGAUUUUGUU